GCCCGGGGCACAUGGAACCAGAGACAGACCAAAGAGGUUGGCACGAGACAGUGACCUUUACACUACAUGCCUUGGAAUCCUGGUCUUGCCAAGGGUGGCAUCCGAAAUAGCAUCAUCCACCAUCCUGGGCCAGCCAAGACCCAUCAUCCCCAUUAGAACCAAUGAGACAGGUGGGAUGCCGGCUGUCUGCCAAGGAGGGUAAAGUUCCAGGCCUAACAAUAAACUCAGGAGUGAAAAUUCACGGCUUCUCGAGAGGAAACGUCCCCCGGAAAGGAUCUCUCUCUGGCCUGGGAUCUGCUUCACUGGAUCAUGGAUCGACUCAAGGUCCCACGCACCAAAGAACUGGAAUUUGGGGGUGUCCUAGGGGCUGCUGUCUUGACCUUUCUGAUGCCCGCCACUGUCUUCUACCUGCUGCUGGUUUGCAGGACAGAGGAGGCCAGCCUUUGGAGCCUGCCCUUGCCUUUGCCCACCCUCCGUUCCUUAUGGAGCCCCCGGGAUUUCGUCCUGGUUUUGGCCUGGAUGGCAUUGCAAGCCUUGCUCUACAUGCUGCCCAUGGGGAAGGUGACGGAAGGGACAGCCCUUCGAGACAAAACGCGGCUCCAGUAUCGUAUAAACGGGUCCCACGCCAUGAUGGUCACGGCGCUGGUCAUCGGAGCCGGCUUAGCGGCGGGUUUGCGCCUCAGUUACAUCUACGACCACCUUUUGCAACUGGCUGCCUCAGCCACUUUGGUGGCCUUCGCUCUGAGCAUCUUCCUCUACGUCAAGGCCUUGCUCGCACCCGAGACGGCGCUGGCUCCGAGUGGGAAUUCAGGGAACCCCGUUUACGAUUUCUUUAUGGGCCACGAAUUGAACCCGCGUCUCGGGGCCUUUGACCUGAAGUUCUUCUGUGAGCUGCGUCCGGGUCUUUUGGGAUGGGCCCUGGUCAACAUGGGCAUGUUGGUGAAGGAGACCGAACUGAGGGGCAACCCCUCCUUGGCCAUGGUCCUGGUGAAUGGCUUCCAGCUCCUUUAUGUGGUGGACGCCUUCUGGCACGAGGAGGCCAUCUUGACCACGAUGGACAUCGUCCACGACGGUUUUGGUUUCAUGCUGGCUUUCGGAGACUUGACUUGGGUGCCUUUUCUGUACAGCCUCCAGAGCUACUUCUUGGUGACCCAUCCGCAAAAGCUGAGCCUGCCCAUGGCUGGAGGGAUUGUCCUGCUAAAUGGCCUGGGCUAUUCCAUUUUCCGUGGGGCUAACUCCCAGAAGAACACUUUCCGACGCAACCCCACAGACCCCAGAGUGGCAGGACUUAGAACCAUCCCGACGGCGACAGGGCGGCGUUUGCUGGUCUCCGGCUGGUGGGGCUUUGUCCGGCAUCCCAACUACUUAGGAGACCUUAUCAUGGCCUUUGCGUGGUCCUUACCCUGCGGCCUGACCCACAUCCUGCCCUAUUUCUACGUCCUCUACUUCACUUUGCUCCUCAUCCACCGGGAAGCCAGGGACGAGCACCAAUGUCUGCGCAAAUAUGGCUUAGCCUGGCAGGAGUAUUGCCGCCGCGUCCCGUACAGGAUCUUCCCGUAUCUCUACUGAGCCACCCCCCGGACACUCGGCUCUCACACCGAGGGCUUGAAUUUGGGGACACAGGAGCCACCGAGGAGAAAACAAGGCACCAUUAUUGUCUGUGUACAGCUCUGCUUCCAAAUCAAAGGGGCAUCUUUCUCCCAUUCGGGAAACCAUUCUUUUGCCUCCCAUUCUGUGCCUCCGGCGCAGCAAACACUUCGGUCUCAGAAAUGCCUCUUUUGCCGAGCCUCAGUUUGUUCAGAGACCUUUUCUGGGGACACGUAAAAAUCCAAAUUUGACGCAAAUCCUCAAAGCCAGAUUCUGCGACCGGAAUUUGCAUUGCGCAAACUGGCAGGUAUUUACAAAUCCAUUCUGCAUUUGGAAUACAAGACAAAAAGCAUCGAGUUGUGCCCCAAAACAAGGUUGCCAGCCUUUUCCUGGCUCCUAAGAGUUUUGGAGGAGGACACAACCAGAAGCCAAAUUUGGGUUUGGGAUCAAACUGGUGUUUCGGUUGUCUGCAAGCAAUAAACAUGACUGAUAUACAUAUG